AUCUCAAGUUCUCACUGAAGAAAGACAGAUAAAGAGAGGGAAGCAAAAACAUAACGGCGAAGAUGAGUUGCUGGUCUGCUGAAAAUGCCACAAAAGCCUAUAUCAGAACAAUGAAUAUGGGAGAGAACGCUAAAGAGCUAAACGGUGCAGAGUUUAUUUCAGCGUUAGCAGCUGGAAACAACGCGCAAUUGAUUGUUGUUGCGUGCGCUGGUGCUGCAGAUGCCAUCACGCUUGCCCUGGCAGCAGCGUCUCAGCAAACUGGAGGGCGCGUUGUCUGCAUCCUCCCGGGGCUAGAAGAGCUGUGCUGUUCUAAACUUACUCUGGGAACAAAAACAAAUGCUGGCCAUGUUGAUUUCAUUGUUGGGAAUCCUCAGGAAUUGCUGUCAAAGCACUAUAAAGAGGCAGAUUUUCUAGCCAUUGACUGCAAUCUCGAAAACCAUGAAGAAAUUCUCAGAUCAGUUCAGGGAAGUGCAAGGUAUAACAACACUGUGAUCUUAGGCUAUAACGCCUUCUGCAAGCAAUCAUGGAGAAGCAGCAGUUUGCGUAUUAGCCUGUUGCCUAUUGGAGAAGGAUUGCUGCUAACAAGAAUAGCAGCUGCCAAGAACACGAAUAUUAACAGACCCGGGAUGCAGAAGAGGGGUCACUGGAUUGUCAAAGUAGAUAAAUGCACUGGCGAAGAACACGUUUUCAGGGUCAGAUCCCCUCAGAGGAGAGUAAUAGAAGCUUAGAUCUCCCAACUGCAUCAAUUAUUAGAGGUGCUUAGCUACUUAGACAAUAAUUUUAGUUUAACAAAUGUAAAUAGCGAGCUUAUCUGGUUCGCGAUUCUCCAAAUGAAUUCAUUAAACAAAUUUACUCUUCUGUUGAGACACA